AUGACUACUCCGGCCACCACCACCAUCCUCCUCCUCCCCCUAGCCCUCUUCUCCGCCUCCCUCAGCCUCAUGAUGGCGGACAUGUCAAUCGUCGAAUAUGAUAACAAUCACCCCUCAAAAUCCAGAACCGACGAAGAAAUGAUGGUUAUUUACAAAAAGUGGAUGGUAGAGAAUGGAAAAGUGUACAACGGAAUAGAUGAAUUCGAAAAGCGUUUCAACAUUUUUAAGGAUAAUUUGGUCUUCAUAGAUGCUCACAACUCCGAGAACCGGACCUACAAGGUUGGAUUGAACGUGUUUGCCGAUCUGACCGAUGAAGAGUACCGAUCAUACUACCUCGGCCUGAAAUAUGAUGCCCGUCGCCAAUUUGUUCAGUCAAAGAUGGCCAGCCAAAGGUAUGCUGCCUCCUCAGCUGAAAAUCUCCCGGAAUUGGUUGACUGGAGGACGGAAGGCGCCGUUUCAUCAAUUAGGAAUCAGGGAAGAUGCGGAAGUUGUUGGGCUUUUUCGGCGAUUGCAGCGGUGGAAGGAAUCAACAAGAUAGCGACAGGAGAGCUGAUUGAUUUGUCUGAGCAAGAACUUAUCGACUGCGACCGAACUGUCAACGCUGGCUGCCAAGGCGGGCUCAUGGAUUACGCAUUCGAAUUCAUUACCAACAACGGUGGUAUAGACAGCGAGGAAGAUUAUCCUUUUCUAGAAGCCGAUGGCACGUGUGAUGACACUAAGAUGAAUUCAAAGGUGGUGAGCAUAGACGGUUUCGAAUACGUACAACCCAACAACGAAAAUGAUUUAAAGAGAGCAGUGGCACACCAGCCCAUCAGCGUUGGCAUUGAAGCCUAUGGCUGGGAAUUCAAACAUUAUGUCUCGGGUAUUUUCACGGGAAACUGCGGAACCUCCCUAGAUCAUGCAGUGGUGGUGGUGGGAUAUGGAAGUGAGAACGGAGUUGAUUAUUGGAUAGUGAGGAAUUCAUGGGGAUCGAAUUGGGGUGAAAAUGGAUAUCUUAGGAUCAAGCGGAACAAUGUUAUUGAUGGCAUGGGAAGAGGAAAAUGCGGCAUAGCAAUGAUGCCUUCUUAUCCCAUAAAAAUAGAAAAUGCAAACCGGAAAAACGAAAAUGCAAACGACAUAGCCGGAGUUGUUAGUAGUGCCUCAAUGUAGGAAUUAAAAACUAGUAUCAAAAUAUAUAUGAUUGCCUCUAAGUUAAAAUAAGGUGGUGUUGGUGGUCACCUAUUUUGUUAUGGUAAGUUAUUGUCUAUUUAAUGCAGGUCCGACCUACUGUAUAAUAAGUGAGGCAAUUGCCUUAAACUCAAAUAUUUUUGGG